CAGUGAUUGCGAUCGGUCGUUUGAAAGAAGUGAGGAAGUAUUUUGUUGACCAAAUCGAAAAUGACGGCCGAAACAAACAAAGGACCUGUUCUGGGGAUGCGGCAUGUCCAGGCACUACUCAUCUUCCUCAACAUAACCACGGUAUUCAUAGGCCGCCUGAAUGUGGGUGUGUCUGUGGUGGCGAUGACCAAUGCGGAGACCACGAACCCGGACUUUCCGGAAUACGACUGGACGGAGGCGGAGAAGUCGUACAUACUGUCCAGUUUCUUCUGGGGCUACAUAUUGACCCAAUUCCUAGGAGGAUAUCUCUGCAAGAGCUUCGGAGUCAAGAGUGUAAUGUUUUGGGGAGUCUUCGGAUCAGGUGUCUGCAGUGCCCUGACCCCGCUCUUCAUCGGAUUUGGCGAGUGGCAGGCCUACUGCGGCAUUCGAGUGCUCAUGGGAUUGGCCCAGGGAGUGGUGUUCCCCUGCAUUCAUCAGCACCUGGCCAAAUGGUCACCGCCGGCGGAGAGAAAUCGGUUGGGGGCUCUUAGCCACACUGGAAUCGAGUGCGGCAAUGUGAGUGCCAUGUUCCUCAGCGGAAUGAUAGCCAAGAGCUCGCUGGGCUGGCCUGGAAUCUCAUAUGUCUCGGCUGGAGUGGCCUUCCUCUGGUGUGCAUUGUGGUUCGUCUUCGCAGCCAACCAUCCCACGGAAUCUCGCUUCAUUGGAGAGCAAGAGCUGCAGUAUAUUGAGUCGUCCCUGAAGCAAAAUGAGUCUUACCACGUUACUGUUAUCCCCAUUCCCUGGAAGGCGAUUUGGACCUCGGCACCAUUCCUGGCCCUGCUCAUAGUGCGAUGCGCCGAGAACUGGGGACUGAGCACUCUGCAGGCGGAGAUCCCAUCCUACAUGAACGGAGUGCUCGACAUGGACAUGAAGAGCAAUGCGUUCUUCUCGGCACUCCCAUUCCUGGCCAUGUGGUGCAUGUCGUAUAUUUACCUGAUCACAGCCGAGGUGCUCUUGGCCAGAAACUCGGUUUCCUUGACGGUUUUGAGGAAGACCUACAACUCGAUUGCCUUCUGGAUUCCGGCUGCCACCUUGGUGGGCAUUGGCUUCCUGGACAAGGAUCAGAAGAACUUUGCGAUUGCCCUGAUGACCAUCAGUGUGGGCGUGAAUAGUGCUCAGACCAUUGGCAGUGUUUUGAACACCAUUGAUCUAUCGAAAAACCAUGCCAGCAUUCUAAUGGGAAUCGUAAAUACAGCGGCGAAUAUUGUGCCCAUCGCCACUCCUUUGGUGGUGGGAUGGAUUGUGGAGGAAAAUUCUGAUCGCUCACAGUGGCAGAUCGUAUUCAUCAUUGCCUCCGUGUUCUUCUUCGUGGGCAACUGCAUUUACUUGGCCUUUGGCACGGCGGAAACUCAGCCCUGGGAUGCCGAGGACUAUCUCCAGCUGAAGAACCCGGAACUUGCCAAGGAACCGUACAAAUUACCGACAAUUUCAAAGACCAAUUGA